UUCCCGCUCAUCUGGGUUUCAUCCUUAUUUGAAUGAAAAGAAAGAGCUGAAGGUGCCGCUCCCUUGCACACUCCUCUACCUCUACCCUUUCCUCUCUCUUCAUGGCUCCUUCCUUCAUUUUCCCGCCAAAUCUCCGUGACCUCGAAACAGAGCACGAUGAGGACCGCCUUUCGGUUCAAGCCCCCGUCGACAUUGGCUCCUUCCGUCCUUCCGAACUCGAAGAGUUCGUUAAAGGGGUCUCAUUCGAUCUAUCCGACAAGGAGCUGUUCUGCGUGGAAGAGCAAGAGGUGUUCGAUCGGGUGUAUUCCGUCGUAAGAGAAUUCUCUCUUCUCACCCCAGCAUGUAAGUUCAAUCUUGUCGAGAGCCUUCGGUCUAAUCUCAGUGUUCUGCUCCCCAAUGUUGAUUCCCUCUCACGAGCCCCCCAAGAUGAGGCACCCAUCCUUGAUCGCAUUGCCUCACAUCGUAACGCUUUUAAAAUCUACUCGUUCUUCCUACUCAGUAUCGUCCAAAUCGAGGAGUCCAAUCAAAAUGCGAGCAAUAAUUCAAAGGCUAUCAAUAAUCGGAAGAAACAUUCUACGAACUCGUGGAAUUGGGAAUCACAGAGAGGUCGGGUUCUUAAUUUAGUUGCUAAUUCACUAGAGAUCAACCUCUCCUUGCUUUUUGGAUCGACCGACCCAGAUGAGAAUUACUUGUCUUUCAUCGUGAAAAAUGCAUUCUCCCUGUCUGAGAAUGCAGCCUUGCUGAAGGACUUGGACACGAAAGAGGCGCUAAGUCGUAUAAUUGGUACCUGUGCAACCAAAUAUCAUUAUACAGCACAGUCAUGUGCUUCAAUCCUUCACUUGAUCCACAAAUAUGAUUUCGUUGUAAGCCACAUGGCUGAUACUGUUGCGGGGGCGGAGAAAAAGUAUGCAGAUGGUAGCUUGGCAAUCUCCCUCAUCAGAGAGGUUGGACGGACAAACCCAAAAGACUAUGUCAGGGAUACUGUUGGGGCUGAGAACAUUGGGCGGUUCCUCGUGGAGCUUGCUGACCGGCUUCCAAAGUUGAUGUCAAUGAAUAUAGGAAUCUUGGUUCCACAUUUUGGUGGGGAAUCUUACAAGAUAAGGAAUUCUCUGGUUGGGGUAUUUGGGAAAUUGGUCUCAAAAGCAUUUAAAGAUAUUGAAGGAGAUAUGAGCUCCAAGUCCCUCCGCCUGCGUACCAAACAAGCCAUGUUAGAUAUCCUGCUUGAACGAUGCCGAGAUGUUUCGGCCUAUACCAGGAGUCGUGUACUUCAGGUGUGGGCUGAGCUAUGUGAAGAGCAUGCUGUUUCAAUUGGUUUGUGGAAUGAGGUUGCAAUGAUUGCUGCUGGACGAUUGGAGGAUAAGAGUGCAAUUGUAAGGAAAUCAGCACUUAAUUUACUGAUCAUGAUGUUGCAGCACAAUCCAUUUGGACCCCAACUCCGUAUUACCUCUUUUGAAGCAACUUUAGAAAAGUACAAAGAGAAGUUACGAGAACUUGAGCCAGCUGCCACUGCAGAGACUACGAUGGAUGAUAUACCAUCUGAUGGUGGUACCUGUGAAGCAAAUGGUGAGAUUGAGCAUGAAACCACUGAGGCAGAGGUUCCCAAACAGCAAGAUAGUAUCACAGAUAGCUUGCCUCCUGUUAAAGAUGAUAUGGUGCAAGCGGAUAGUUCAAUACCAGAUGUUGGGAAUCUGGAGCAAACCAGGGCCUUGGUUGCAUCGCUUGAGUCAGGUCUGAGGUUCUCAAAAUGUAUAUCAGCUACCAUGCCAACUCUUGUUCAACUUAUGGCAUCAUCUUCUGCAACAGAUGUUGAAAACGCGAUUCUCUUGUUAAUGAGGUGCAGACAAUUCCAAAUCGAUGGCUCAGAAGCCUGUCUUCGUAAGAUGUUACCUCUGGUAUUUUCUCAAGACAAAUCCAUUUAUGAAGCUGUAGAGAAUGCAUUCAUUACAAUAUAUAUACGAAAAAGUCCCAUGGAAACUGCUAAAAAUCUGUUAAGUCUUGCCAUCGAUUCCAAUAUUGGAGAUCUUGCAGCUUUGGAGCUUAUAAUUGCGUCCUUGGUGUCCAAAGGUGAUAUUUCCACUAGCAUGAUAUCAGCCUUGUGGGAUUUCUUUAGCUUUAAUGUUAGUGGUGUCACAGCAGAGCAAAGUCGUGGAGCUUUGUCAGUUCUCUGCAUGGCAGCAAAAUCAUCUAGUGCAAUUCUUAGUUCCCACUUGCAGGAUAUAAUCGACAUUGGGUUUGGCCGUUGGGCAAAGCAGGAACCUCUUCUUGCAAGAACAGCAUGUAUUGCUCUUCAAAGAUUGUCUGAAGAAGACAAACAUAAGUUGAUUUCAGGUGCUGGAAACCGGGUCUUUGGUUUACUACAAAGUUUAAUAACUGGUUUUUGGCUACCGGAAAACAUAUGGUAUGCAGCUGCAGAUAAAGCCAUAAGUGUCAUUUACGCCAUUCACCCAACACCUGAAACCUUAGCUGCUGAUAUGGUGAAAAUAUCUCUAAGUUCUGUAUUUGAUGGUAGUGAAGGAGUUGAAAUGCCAAUUGGUAUUAAAAGUGGUACCUCUGUCAACCUUACCACAGUGCAAGUUGCUAAGCUUAGUAGAUUUUUGUUUGUUGUAAGUCAUGUGGCACUUAAUCAAUUGGUCUACAUUGAAUCCUGUGUUCGAAAGAUUCAGAAACAGAAAUCAAAGAAAGAAAAAUCAGAUGCUGAGUCUCAAAAUUCUCAGGAUAGCUGCGAAAAACUCGCAGAUGCACCUAUAAAGGACAGUGGUAUAAAUGCUGAAUUGGGUCUUGCUGCCUCGGAAGAUACAAUACUUGAUGCUCUCUCUGAGAAAGCAGAAAAAGAAAUAGUCUCAGGGAGUUCCACUGAAAAGAGCUUAAUUGGUGAAUGUGCACCCUUCCUGUCUAAGCUCUGUAGAAAUUUUAGUUUGAUGCAGAAGUAUCCGGAGCUGCAGGCUGCUGGGAUGCUUUCACUUUGCCGGUUCAUGAUUAUAGAUUCAGAUUUCUGUGAAGCAAAUCUUCAACUUCUAUUCACGGUUGUGGAAAGUGCACCAUCUGAAACUGUUCGUUCCAACUGCACCAUAGCCCUGGGAGACUUGGCUGUUCGUUUUCCUAAUCUCUUAGAACCUUGGACUGAGAACAUGUAUGCUCGCUUAAGGGAUCCUUCUAUUCCUGUUCGAAAAAAUGCUGUUCUAGUGCUUUCGCAUCUUAUAUUGAAUGACAUGAUGAAGGUGAAGGGUUAUAUAAAUGAAAUGGCCAUGCGGUUAGAAGAUGAAGAUGAGAGGAUUUCAAGUCUAGCCAAACUCUUCUUUCAUGAGUUGUCAAAGAAGGGAAGUAAUCCAAUUUAUAAUCUGCUUCCUGACAUUUUGGGGAGGUUAUCCAACCAAAACUUGAAGAAAGAGGACUUUUGCAACAUAAUGCAGUUCUUAAUAGGUUCCAUCAAGAAGGAUAAACAAAUGGAAUCUCUUGUUGAGAAGCUUUGCAACAGAUUUAGUGGAGUCACAGAUGUCAAACAGUGGGAAGAUAUUUCUUAUUGCCUUUCGCAAUUGACAUUCACUGAAAAAGGAGUGAAAAAGUUAAUGGAGUCAUUCAAAACCUAUGAACAUAUUCUAUCUGAAGAUUCUGUGAUGGAGCACUUCAAAAAUAUUAUUGCCAAGGGUAAGAAAUUUGCCAAGCCAGAGCUGAAAUCCUGCAUUGAGGAGUUCGAGGACAAGCUAAAUAAAUUCCACCUGGAAAAGAAGGAGCAAGAGAUAAUUGCUAGAAAUGCCCAAGUUCACCAGCAGAGAGUGGGUAACUUGGAAGGUUUAAUGGCGACCAAUGGUGCUACAGAAGCUGCUGAUGAUGAUGGAGGACCUAGUGAGAUAAUAGACCCUCUUAUUGAGGAGGGAUCAACUCAAACUUCCAAUGAAGCAGCAACAAAAUCCAUGGAAUUGGAAGGAAACUCGGGUGUCUCUAGUGAAGUUAUAGAAUCGGAACCAGGUGGUGGGGAGGUUCAAUCACCAAAGUUUUCUCGAAAAAGAGGUAUCUCAAAGGCCAAAAAAAGUGCUGGGAUUCUUGUGAAAGAUGAAAAGGAUGACGCUCUGACCAGAAGAAAAUCUGGUCACGUCAAAGGUAGAAGAGGAAGGAGUUAGAUCAGGCAGCUCACUUCUUUAGUGAUGCCAACUGGGGAAGUCGCUUGCUUCCCAGUAUAGUUCAAUACUUUUGUUGUAAUUUCUUUUGUUGUAAGUUUUUGCCUCACCAUAUUGAAAUGAAUAGUAUGGCUUGCAAAAUGAAAAUGCAAAUGAACUUCUACUUAAUCAAUGAUUGAAUGCAGCCCAUGGUAUUAUGUUUUA